ACACACACACACACACACACACACACACACACACACACACUUUGUUUAUGGAAACUCCUGGCAGGAUAUGAAGCCGAAGCUUUGAAAUUAUAAGUUUCAUUAUAAUUUAUAUAAACAAAAGUUUUGCCCCGAACUGAUCCAUAAACUGUUUGCUUUCCAAUUCUUUCAGGUCCCAGAUUGUGGAAUGAUAAAACACUGGAAGAAAAAACCACUGAAACCCCUCAGCACAGCAGUAACUUUGAAAUGUCUGCAUCUGACUCCAUUGAAUCCAAGUCCUCUCUGAUGGAUAUUGAAGCUUCUCUGAAGCUCAGUUUCCUGGGUGGACUGGUAGAAGUUGGAGGAUCUGCCAAAUAUCUGAAUGAUGAGAAGAAAUUCAAGAAUCAGAGCAGAGUGACCUUUCAGUACAAAGCUACCACCAACUUCAAGCAGUUGUUAAUUGAUAAUGUGACCCUGGACACCGAACAGAUGGAGGUUAUUGAGAAGGGCUCAGCGACUCAUGUAGUCACAGGCAUCCUGUAUGGGGCAGAUGCUUUCUUUGUGUUUGACAGUGAGAAGUUAGAAGCCAGCCAGGUUCAGAAGAUAGAGGGAAGCAUGCACGCUGUGAUAAAGAAGAUUCCUUCUUUUGAUUUUGAGGGGAAGGUUAAAAUCCAGCUGACUGAUGAAGAGAAAGCCCUGACUAACAAAUUCUCCUGCAAAUUCUACGGAGACUUCAUUCUCAAAAGCAACCCAGCAACAUUUGUAGAUGCAGUGCAGACCUAUGUAGAACUUCCACAGCUACUGGGAACAAAUGGAGAGAAUUCCGUCCCAGUGACGGUCUGGCUGAUGCCUCUGAAGAGUUUUGAUCCCAAAGCUCCUGAGCUGAUGACGGGGAUCAGCAUCGGACUAGUGAAGAAGGCCCAAGAUGUUCUGGAAGAUUUAAAGGAAAUAAGAAUGAGAUGCAACGAUUCUCUGGGAGGCAAAGUGGAAGAGCACUUCCCAAAGAUCCAAAAAGACCUAAACACUUUCCUCAAACUGUGUGGUUAUUAUGAAUCCAGCCUCGAACAGACCAUGGCCAAGACAAUUCCCUCCAUCCGAGAAGGAAAGGAAGAUGAGAGCUCACUGGAAGAAGUCUUUAAAGACAGGAACAAGUCACCCUUCAGCCAUGAAAAACUAACCAAGUGGCUGGAUCACAAAGAGAGAGAAAUCAACGUCAUCAAGUCCUGUGUGGACAUCAUGAAGGGUUUUAAGAUCGUCGCAAACCAGUCUGAGCUGGACAGAGAGGUCCUUGGAAACAAAUUGGUUCUGUGCUUUGUUUUCACCUCCAUGGAGAGUGCUGACCCCUGCCUUGAAGCGAUGGAUCAAUACGCAAACUCACUCAAAUGCGUGAGCACUGAAGAAGAGCCAUGGUACUACUCAGACGACGUCUUACAAAAGAUGAGAAAAAAAGCCCACCAGUUCAUUAAAUAUUUUGGAGCACUCACGAAUCGUUGUUGUUUCCUCAUGGCAGCCAUUGAAAAUAAGAAAUUCAAAGGAGCAACCAUCUACUACUACGACGGCGGCAUUCUGAAGACUGAAGAUUUCCCACCCAGUGAUGUGAAGACUGGAGACUUAAAAGCACUCAGUGAGGUGAAGAAGCAUACCGGAAAGUAGAGAUCUGAACUGGUAUGCCUGUGAUCUCACACUGCAAGGGAACACUGCAGGCAACUUUCUUGGGAUCCAUGUAGCUUUCUUUCGGCUGUUAAUCAUUUUCUAAAGAGACUUUAUUUAGAUGUUUCUGUUAUGAUCAGGGUUGUCUUCCUUCUGAUGCAUGCAACACAUUUAGGGUAUACAUGUGCUGACCUCUAACACCAAAUAAAUGACCCUAUUAACCCAUAUUAACCUGCAAAUUGCAAAAGGUGUUCCACAGGGCUCUAUCCUGGGGCCCUUUCUGUUUAAUCUUUGUAAAGAUGAUACCAAGUGACUGUUAUAUCAUUCUCUAUGCUGAUGACUCUGUUGUGUCCUGUUAUGUGAAGGCUGUUACAAUUCUUCAGCACUUCCUUACUGAUUGUGAAGUUUCUCUCAAUAACUACAAGUUAGUUCGUAGGGCAGAUACAUUGAAAAUCGUGCCCUUAAUCAGCCAAUAUAUGAAUAAUGGUAGUCUCAUCUCUACUGAGAAUGGAUCAAAUAUUGAAAGUCACUUAAUAAAAGCAUCUUGUUUUUUGAUUUGGAAAGCAAAGUAAUUUUCUAAAUACAAUUUGACUUUCUUCUUGAGGAAACUCUUUUCCACACAAUCUUCAGUUCAGCAUCUUGCUUGAUGACUGCAGGCACUGGGAAUCGAGCCAUAGAUGUAUCUUUUAUUGAAUUUGUCACAUGGAUCGUUUAUAUUGUGAGUUGAAUUUCACAGCGUUUAUAACUUUUUUAACCUAAUUGUGGGUUUUAUUGUCUUUUUCUUUUCUUUUUCUGAUGACAUGGUGGAUGUUGUGCUUCAUAAAUAAAGUUUGAUUCUCAAAGGUUCGUGCUUCUUUUGUUGAAGUAGAAUGGUUCAAUACAAAUGUAAGUGCGUAUAUUAUAAGUUUAGUAUAUUUUUUAGAUUAUAAGUAGUAUAUUUAUAUAUCUUAUAGUACACAGUGCUUAUUUAACUGUACUUUAAUUCAAAUGUAUAGUUUUAUUUUUCCUUAAUUUUACUUGCAAUAUUACGUCACUCAAACUAAAUUAAUAACAGAUCUGCUGUAAGCUAGCUAGCUAAGGUAGCCAGUCAUUUCAGAUCUACUGAUUUCUGGCUUUAUCUGUUGUUUUGAACUUUGUAUGAUGAGUUGUGUUAUGGAAAUCUUAGACCUAGUCAAUACUGUGGAGAUAUACAAUUAGAAUGAUCAAUCAAUAAACUGGUGAAA